AUGUCUGAUCAUUGCCUCCCCCCCACAACUUCCCUAAUCCUGGCCAGUGGCAGCAUGUCAGUGGUCAGCAAGGCUAUGCCCGAUACCCAGGCGAGUUCAGCGACCUUGUUGCAUCCAUCCAACUGCCCGCAGCAGUACAGGACAACAUCACCAUGCCACCGCUGGUGGACUAACACCUUCAAAGUCGAGCCUGAGCCUGAGGACGAGGACGAGAACAAGGACAAGGAGGCUGACCUCCUCGAGCCACCUUCACAUUCAACCUGGGCCGAAUGCAAUCCUUCAAACCCGAUCAUUCCAAUGCGCCCCACACGCCCCCUCCCAACAGCUCAGCAAGCUGCCAAGUGUUCUAUUGUGCGUCUUCAGAAACAAGAACGCGAUGCCGCCAUUCUUGCUGAUGUGAAGUCUAUCAUCCCGAUGAACGCCGACAUUCAAUGCAUUGCCACCAAGCACAACAUCAACAAGAAGAAGGUUCAGGGCAUGGUGAACUCUCACAUGCAUUCGAAGGGGAAGUGGGCGGUUCAGCUCUACAAUGCCACCAUGCACCAUGAGAAGAUCCGGCCUGCUGGCUGCAGUUUGACAGGUGACAGACGGAAGCAAAACUGCUGCAAUGUGGCAAGAGUGGGAGGCAGCGGUGAUGACUUAGCUUCCUCGCUGGGAACUGGAGUGCAGUUUUUGGGUGUUCUCGCGAUAGGGGCAUCAAGGUUUGCAUCAAGUGCUCUGCUCAUCAUCAAACUCAACGCACUGUACUUUUCUCAAAAAGAUCAUGGGCCGAAAACCGUCUCCCCCUCUCCAAUGCCGAACAUCAGCGCUGAGCUGAUCAGAAGUAUAAGGAGAAGCCCAAAGGCAAUUAGGGAGAAAGCGAGGCUGCGAACAGCAAGGAAUCUAGCUAAACACAAGGAACUAGUAGCACAACCAUCUGCCCAAGAAUACGCUGCCCAUCUAGAGGCCUCCAAUCCCAUUACGACCCGUUCCUUGCAUACUAACGCAGCUGACAUUGUCGACUUCGACACAUUCCUGCGCGCUUUCCACGCUUGGACAUACAACUGGGGCCCGGCUGAAACUUGGCUUCGGAAGCAGUGGAUAUUGAUAAGUCACACCCUUGGCCAGGGUGUUGCAGCUGCUGACAAGCUGAAGCGUGAUUUCACAGCCCACACACAAGAAGGCUGGGCUAUCAUGGAUGCCUUGAGGCACAUUGUAGAUACUGAGGUACAAUUUUUCGAUGCACAUGUUUUUGAUACUAUUGUAGCACUUGUCACGGAUGCGUGA